UCGAUGUUUUUGUCAAAUGGUCAGAAUAGACGGAAAGACAAAGCCGCGCUGCAAAUGAUUAUUAUGUAUUAAAUAAUAACAAUUACGUGUUGUGAAUUAAAGCAAAAUAAAUGAGCGUGGCGCCCAGAAUUGCCAGCCACAGCUAGUGAGUGCAUGUGCGUGCGCUGCAAAACGACUGCGUUGUUGCUGUUGUUGCUGCGUGCCAGAAGCAAAUACGCAUAUAAUCUGUGUUAACAACAAAAACAAAGUCUGCCAUGAGCCGCCUUUUGGAGAAGCCCAACAUUGCCAUGUCCAUUACAUCAACAGGUAGUCAAUUAUCCAGCACUGUUGCCGCCGGCACGGCCAACAAUGCGGCCGCAGCGGACGACACAGCUGCUCCAGCGGAGGACGAGGAUGGCCACAAGAGCGCAACUGGAACGCAAAUGACGGCGGCGUCCACCAAUCAGAGCGCAAAGGCCGCAGAUGUGCACAACAAUCUGGACGAGGUGAUCAUCAGUCUGAUAUCGGGCGCUGCGGCCGGUGCUUUAGCCAAAACAACAAUUGCCCCGCUGGAUCGCACGAAAAUCAAUUUCCAAAUACGCAAGGAUGUGCCAUUUUCAUUUAAGGCAUCGCUCAACUAUCUGCAACAGACCUAUGCCAAGGAGGGCGUCCUCGCCCUUUGGCGUGGCAACUCGGCGACGAUGGCGCGCAUCGUGCCCUACGCGGCCAUUCAGUUCACAUCCCACGAGCAGUGGCGGCGUAUCCUGCACGUCGAUCAGAAUGGAACCAACACCAAGGGACGUCGUUUCGUGGCCGGCUCACUGGCGGGCAUAACAUCGCAAUCGUUGACGUAUCCCUUGGAUUUGGCGCGCGCUCGCAUGGCGGUCACGGACAGAUACACGGGGUAUCGCACACUGCGUCAAGUGUUUACCAAUAUCUGGGUCGAGGAGGGACCACGAACGCUGUUCCGUGGCUACUGGGCCACAGUGUUGGGUGUUAUACCCUAUGCGGGCACCUCCUUCUUCACCUACGAAACGCUCAAGCGCGAGUAUCAUGAAAUUAUUGGCAAUACAAAGCCGAAUGCUCUCAUUUCGCUGGCAUUUGGCGCCGCGGCGGGUGCGGCCGGACAAACGGCCAGCUAUCCGCUGGACAUUGUUCGUCGGCGCAUGCAGACGAUGCGUGUAAGUGCAGAUGCGCCUGAACGGUUUCCUACGAUACUGGAGACGCUUGUUAAGAUCUACCGUGAGGAGGGUGUCAAAAACGGCUUCUAUAAGGGCCUGAGUAUGAACUGGAUCAAGGGUCCCAUUGCCGUAGGCAUUAGCUUCUCCACGUAUGAUUUGAUCAAGGCUUGGCUUAUUGAGUUGUCCCACUUGAAGCGUGGUCGGGUCGAGAAGUAGCAACUGGCCUCCAAAACACACAUACUCAUUAGCACACACACACACACACACACCAACAGAAUGAGAAACAGGAAAAUGUACUGCUUUCGCACUUAAGUUAAAUGUUUCGAUAGCAUGAAAGGAUUUAGUGCAGCAUUCUUAUGCAGCAUCAGCAUUGUUAUAUAUUUGAUUGAUAUUUUUAGUUGUUAAAUGUGGGAGAGUUAUGAAGAAUACACAAACGCUUACUUUUGUUUUUCAAUGUAAUCGAUUAUUUUCUUUAAGCUGAAAGUAAACAAACACAAUAAAAA